UAUGCAGUGUUUCGUUUGGAAAUAACUCAAAGCCAGAAAGAAAACAGGGCAUUGCAGAGGAAACUACAGCUACUGGAACUGAAGGUGGCACGGGAGCGCGCAGAGAGGACAACGCGAGAGCGAGUCCUCACUAGUCGUCCCAGCAGUUUCAAAAUCCUCGAUCGAUACAGAGGAAUGGCAAGAGGUGAAGGACAUCUCACUGGAGGCCACAGGAGCUUUGUGAAGCCAGCAGGACACAAUGUGUGGAGAGAUGACCAACCCAUAGCUAUAGAUGAGGGGAGUGGAACCUCAACCCAGCAUGUUAUCGUGAUAGAGUCUGCAGAUGCAGAGGCUGCAGGUCCUGGGGUCAAGCAGGAGAGGUCUGAAGGAAAGGAGGACCCACAGCACUGCAGAGACAUCCAGACUGGAGGGUCUGGAGCGCCUCCUGUGGCCACGGAGGACCCCACCCUCGCCCCAGCACUGCCCAGGGCCCAAUGCAGCAUCACGGAGGUCAGUGGAACGCUGAACCCCGUCCUCAAGUCAGAGACAGACACUGAGACUUUAACAGGGCUGGAGCGACUGGGCAGUCCUCCUGCUCCCCUCUCAGAGUAUUUACUUUACGGUAACACAAGCCAGAGGACGGUUCUGUCCCAUCAGAACUCAGGUGACACAUUACAGAAUGUCAAUGAUCCAUCCUGUUCAUAUGCUACAGAGACAGAGAUGAUAGCUGGUGACAUGCCUGUGUGCUUAGAUACACAGACUAAUCCAAUGAGAGGGGAAUGGAACCAGUACAGUAGUGGUGUAUACUCUGAAGGGUUCCUAGAUAAGAAAGGGGAGGUUCUGGUUGUAGAUGAGGUGACUGUGAAAGUGGAGGGUGACACUCCUCUGACAUGGAAUGCAGACGAGACUCAUUUAGGAGAAGGGCACUCCCAGGGAAACAAGAGUAACUUCAUAGACUACAGGGAUAGCUUAGAGCCAAAUCCAAAUAUGGCAACCCACGCGCUCAGGGAUCGUGACCCAGUGUCCAUGUCUAUGGCACCUUCCGAUUCACACGACCGCAUCCUUUUCGAUGAGGUAUUUAUCUCAAACGACAGGGCUAGAGACCAGACUCGGGGAGGGGGGGCAACAUCAGGCAGUAAUAAAGAAAAACGGUUCUUCUGCAUGUUCUGUAACAAAGGCUUCAACAGCCCUCAGAAGGUGGAGAUCCACCAGAGGGUCCACACAGGGGGGAAACCCUACAGCUGUACUCAGUGUCACAUGCGCUUCUCCCAGGCUUGGAACCUGAAGAUCCACCAGAGGGUCCACACAGGGGAGAAACCCUUCAGCUGUACCCAGUGUCUUGUGCGCUUCUCCCACUCAUCCAGCCUGAAGAGGCACCAGAGGGUCCACACAGGGAAGAAACGAUACAGCUGCUCCUAGUGUGGGAAGAGAUUCUCCCACCAGAACCAUCUGAAGAUGCAGCUGAAGCUUCACAUGGGGGAAAAGCCGUUUGCCUGUACGCAUUGCGGGAAGAGGUUCUCAGAGAGGAGCUACCUCAGGAUACAUAAGCAGAAAGAACAUUCCACUCUAUAACAUAGAAAGUAACCAUUCCACUUGAUAUCAUCUGACGUUUAGAUCAAACCUUGCAUUAAAGACAAAGAUACAUUUUCAUUUGCAAUAACAAGAGUAACAGAUUUCAGUGUUGAAUAUUCCUGGGUAGAAUAUCGCAUCCAGACAGUGGCCAUGUCCGAAUACCCAUACUAGCGUACUACAUACUUAAACUGCAUACUAAUUUUGGUGUUGGAUCUGGUAGAAUUCACGAAUCUUUUCCCACUCACGUGAUAAACAGAUAAAUUAACGCACUGUACCAAAAUGAACAAAUGGCGGGAGUCAAUGUAAUCGCACAUUAGAUGGCGCAUUCGUCGUACUAUUUUCAACAUUUCACAUACUAUAGAACUUUACUAUUUAGUACGCAAGUAUGGGUAUUCGGACACGGCCAUUGUGUGAUAUAUAAGGCAUAUAUAAGCCUAAGUCUGUUACAUAUUGUGUUUGUACUGUGUAGCUAUAUGAUGUUCACAAAUGCCUAUUUCAUUACUUCCAUUCAACUACUUAAUUUUUCCCCCAAGACACUCUUAAUUAGAAAAUCAAUGCAGUUUAUCAAGUUCAUGCAGAUUUUUUGUUGAGACAUUACAUUUGAGAUUUUAGUCAUUUAGCAGACGCGCUUAUCCAGAGGGACUUACAAUUGGUGCAUUCAUCUUAAGAAAACUGGGUGAGACAACCACAUAACAAGUACAUUUUCCCUCUAAAGUAGUUAUCAGCAGCGGUCGGAAAAUGGUUAGGGACUCUUCUGUCUUAGCUUCAGGGAAAGCUGGUCCACCAUUGGGCUGCCAGGACAGAGAAGAGCUUCGACUAGCAUGUGAACGCAGCGAUCUCUGUUGGAAGCUUUAAAAAAUCUUUGUCUAGAUAUUUCACAUUCUUAGCAGGUGGAAAGAUAGUUCAGGGCGUAGAGCCACAUGGCAGAUGAAUCCAUCCUGAAACCAUAACACAGGAUCACAUUUUGAGAGAGUCUAUUUAGAUAUUUUCUCUUUCUCCAACAGUGAUUGUAAAUGGAACAGCUAUAGUAUUUGUUAUUGAUAAUUAUCAAAUUAUGUACCCAAAGUUUUUUUGUUAAUAUGUAAAAGUGAGUUGAAAAAGUUUUAAUUCAAACCCAAGCAAGUGCAAAGCUUCGUUAGAUCCCUGUCAUAAGCUUCCAAAACAGUGCCCUCUGCUGGACAGUACUUACAGACUUAGUCUAGAUAUUAUUCUACACUGGAAAAAAAUAUUAAACGCAACAUGCAAGUGUUGUCCCGUGUAGCUCAGUUGGUAGAGCAUGGCGCUUGCAACGC